ACAGGCCCGUGGUUUUUCCAAGCUUCUUUCUCAUCAUAUAAAAGCGUUGAUCUUUUGUCACUUGGAUAUCAGAGUACCACAUGCACAUCUAAGUCAACUCAAAUCGUGUCAAAGUCAAGAUUUCGUUUGCAUCUCUUUCAUUAUUAGUUAAACAGAAAACGGUUUGAAAUAAGGCAUAAAGUCCUUCGUUUUGAAUUCAAACAUCUGGCUUUAUUGUAGUCAUAAUAAUUCUACAUUUAAAGCUAUUGAAGCAGAUGUCAAUCAGCGUUGACACUUUGUGCUGUCUCUCCAAACUUGGUCUACAUUGAGUUUGUGGUUUUUCCCGCGGAAGGUAUAAGAGCACAUAUUUUGUCACAAGUUUCGCAAUCCUGAUCAAUCGAGGGAUCCCCAUGAGUCAUAGACCAAGAUCUCGCGGAUUACGACCAGGACCAAAUCGAUCGAUUUAAUCGGCUCAUUCAUCGACCUAACCUCAACAACAGUUGACCAUCAAGCGGCCGUGUCCAGAACACAUACACCAGUUUCGGACACUUCAAAUCAUUCAGUUUGUACUUGAGCAUCAACUGAAACUUACUUAAAACACAACACGAGAGCAGUCUAUUGCUCUUUACAAUUGCUUCUCUCGAGUCAUUAAAAGGAACCCUCAACAAUCGCAGUUUGUGGACUCGAGGUUUCUUAUCCCCAGCUUCAAACCGUAAUCAAAUGCUUUCGUGGCUUGGCAAGCUGUGGUCCAAACUCUCCCGACCGGCGACAACGACUCCUGCAUCGAAUAUGAACACCGCAGUCCACAUGGGCGACGUCGAUAGCCCCUCGUCAGUCUGGAUCCCGUCACACCAUCUUGAGCGUCAUCGGAGCUUCAGACGACAGCUAUCGAGGAAGCUGAGUUCGCGCGCCAAACAGCUUGGUGUCUGUAACUCGACUGCCUGCGCCAUCGCAGUAUGUUUCAUUUUGGCGUUUUUGGCGCUGAUCGUGUCUUGCUUUACGUUCUAUCUCUACGUCAAGAGCCAUGGACUUGGACAUGAGAUGGAGAUGGCUAGGGAGGCUUUCAAUCCGCAUUCAGCGAGUCACUACAGGGAUUCACUCCCACCCCAAGUUUUCACUGGUCUCACAACAGAUAUGCCACAAGGUGAAGGGAAUGGUGACGAGGAAUCAGCGAAAUCAGCGUACGCGCAUAUUGUUGGCAUUAACGAUGGACCAAGAAAAAAUGAUGAAGAUUUUGGCUGCUUGAAUAUAUGGAAAGUCAACACAACGCACAACGUGAAAUUCUUGAGCAGUUAUGGUAUUGAGAUCCUCGAGCCCGGCUAUUACUACGUCUAUACACAAAUAUAUUUCAGUGAUCCAGAGCCCGAGGCUACCUACGACUCAAGAACUGGCGCCAAUUUGCCCAUGCGAUCUACGACCAAUCGCAACCAUGUUCCACUGAUGCAGAGCGUCGCCCCGUUCAACGAAUACUCAACCAAGUACCACGGCGGCGUCUUCCAUCUAGAGAAGGGCGAUAAGAUCACCGUAAGCGUAUCGGAUGACGAUCUCCGGAUCAAUACCGGAAGUGAUAAGACUUUCUUCGGUGUGUUCAUGCUCGGGUCAACCAUGCCGGAUCAUGGGGCACCAACAACGGGAUGAACUUGAUUUGAACUCUCUCGUGCGCGCGGGAAGACAGAUUUAUUUAUAUAAAAAAGCAGUAAAAUGGAAGGAAAAGAAGGAUAGAUUCCCUUUGUGCAAUAUCCAGAGUUAUUUGAUAUAACAUGUGCCAUUUAGCACAAACUAUCUUAUUAAUUAUGAUGCACUUUUGCACGCGGAAAUAGUAUGAUGGGGAAUUCCCUUUAGUAUUCUAUUGCUCUUCAAUACGCUAAAAAUUCAGGCAGAACCCGAAGUGAAGGUCAUUAGGGUUAUAGGGUAUUGGCUAAGGACUUCUGGCAUGUCUGGAUAAAUUGCACCUCUGGGUUAAUUGCAAAGAUGCAGCGUAAGGAGAGACGUACGUAGACCAGACUUGCCCCACUAGAAUACCUUUAUGAAUUGAGACAUUUGGGUUUUUGUCAUAUUAUGAAGGUACCCAUUUAGAUCUAACUGUUUAAUAGGGAAAUGGAUCGUAGAGCUUUUCAUGAAAAAGUCUGCGAUUUUUUUAAAUCCUUUUCGAGAUGGACGAUGAAGAGAAUGUAGAUAAUGUUUAUGACUUGUUCCUUUUUUGGAAAUUAAUUACAGAUACCUUGUUUAGAAUGAGGGGAAAACUAUAAAAAUGCGAAUAAGUUCAGUUGAGAGGUUAAGCAUUAAUGUGAACUUCUGAGGAGACUUGAAUCUUAUUUACAUCUUUAACUUGUUUGUUUAUUAUUAUGGGGUUUAACCCGUCUUAGAAACUCUCACUGUGUAACGGUGAAAUAUUAUACCCGUGAUCUGAUAUUCAGAUUUAUAAUUAUUGUAUGGUUUUGUUUAAAAACGAUGCUAUUUAUUUGUCGAAAUCUGACAACCGUAUACAGGGAAGUACAGGCUUUAAUGAUUUUUUUUGGUCAAAUGAAAUAAUUUUCAAGCAGAGUAAAAGAAAUUGUAAUAACAUUCACGUGAGCUUGGUGCCUCGAUCCAUACGUUUAAUGUAAAUUGUAUAUCGCCAAGAUUUGACGUUGCCAAUUUGAAAUCAUAAGAUAAUUAGCCAAAAUAAGACGACAUCGACAGAUUUUAUUCACAUGAAUCAUUCACGGUUAUAAAGCUCAAAACAGUAACAAAGACUGGUCACUGAGGCUGGAUGUGCAUACAUCGAGAAUAUAAUAUAAUGGAUAGAUUAUAGAAUGCACUCAAAGUUGUUAUUCUUUUAAAUUAACAGAGUAUCAAUGCAUACAUUAUAAAUACAGGUGAAAGCAGUAGCGUAGGUAGACUUUUUGAAAGGGGGGUUCUAGUUGAAUGAAAAUUUGACAAGCAACAAAAAAGGGUUUUCAAAAAAAAUCUGAGGGGG